AUGACGCCGAUUGAACGACAACCGUUGUUGAACCCCAUCCAGCAUGGACCAAGAACCAUCCUGACCCCUGCGAGCGCAUACAUUCUCGUCAUCUCCCGUGUCAUCGGCAGCGGCAUCUUCGCCACCCCCGGGUCCAUCUUCCGCUCUUCUGGCAGCAUCGGACUUUCCCUUCUGAUAUGGGUCGUCGGAACGGUCCUCGCCGCGUGCGGCAUGGCCGUCUCCAUAGAAUGGGGGACCAUGUUUCCUCACUCGGGGGGCGACAAGGUGUACGUCGAGUAUGCGUUUCCCCGACCGCGAUUCCUCGCGUCGACUCUCAUUGCCGUUCAGGCCGUCCUGCUCGGAUUUACUGCCAGUAAUUGCAUUGUGUUUGCAAAGUACACCCUGUUUGCCCUGGACGCGGCCCACUCGUCCGACGCGGGUGUCAAAAUCCUCGCCAUCGGGCUUCUCACGGCCAUCACGCUUUGCCAUGGCUGUUUUCCACGUGUCGGUGUUGCCGUGCAGAACGUGUUAGGCUGGGUCAAGAUCGUCUUGAUCGCAACUAUGUCCCUGACCGGACUGUGGGUCAUCCUCUGGCGACCCGCGGCUCCUCGACAGGAUCCCACCGCGUGGCAUUCCCUCUGGGAGGGCUCAAACUGGAGCUGGAACUUGAUCUCUACCUCCCUCUUCAAGGUCAUCUACUCCUACGCGGGCCUGAACAACGUCAACAAUGUCCUGGCAGAAGUUCAUCGCCCAAUCGAGACCCUUCGCAUCGUCUGUCCCGCCGCGCUGAUCACCGCGACUGCGCUAUACCUGCUCGCAAAUGCGAGCUACUUCCUCGUCAUCCCCCCAGAAGACAUCAAGCAGGGCGGAGAGCUCGUCGGUGCGCUUCUUUUCGACCGUCUCUUUGGUCCCCACAUCGGCCGCGUCGCCUUCCCGUUGGCGAUCGCCCUCUCCGCGGGGGGGAACGUCAUGGUUGUCAUUUAUGCUUUGUCCCGUCUAAACCAAGAAAUUGCCAAACAAGGCUUCCUACCGUACUCGCGCUUCUUCUCCUCAUCCAAACCCUUCGGCUCUCCCCUCGGCGGCCUCAUGGUGCACUACGUCCCCUCCAUCCUAGUCAUCGCUCUCCCUCCUCAAGGAGAUAUCUACAACUUUAUUCUCGACGUGGAAGGCUACCCCGCUCAGAUCCUCGCCCUGGCGGUCACGGUCGGUCUGCUCUUGCUGCGUCGACGGGAGCCCGCGCGGCUUCGCCCCUUCAAGGCUUGGCUGCCUGCCGUGUGGCUGCGGAUCCUCGUGUGUAUUGCCCUGCUCGUGGCGCCCCUGAUCCCGCCACCAGAUCACAAGGGGGACGUGCAGUUCUUCUAUGCCACGUAUGCGAUUGUCGGCAGCGGGGUGUUGCUGUUGGGUGUUGUGUAUUGGUAUAUAUGGACAGUGCUGCUCCCUCGCCUGGGGGGGUACCGUCUUCAGGAGGCAGGGGAGAAACCGCACCAUGUGCACACGACGCUGAACUUCCUCCGGGAAAUGGAAGAUGGGUCCCAUCUUGCCCCCAACUACAUCGGUGACCUCAAGUCCUACUACGAGCGUCCCAUUGAGGCCGUCCCCGUCACAGUCCGCGACGUCAGCGGCCACGAGCUGGACUACGCCCUCGACACCCACGGCUUCCAAUUCCAUUACCACGUCAGCAAUGAGAAGACCUUCCUCGACGAGGACCGCAUCAAACGCGAUUACUACGCCGAGACAGAGCAGCUCUUGAAGGAUGUAACCGGAGCCUCCCGCGUUUUCAUCUUUGACCACACCAUCCGUCGUUCGUCGAGCAAUGAUAAUGGCAACAGAGGCCCGGUCCAGGGAGUCCACGUCGAUCAGACCCCCACCGCUGCCAAAGACCGCGUCGAGUACCAUAUUCCGGAGGACGCCCCGGAGCUGCUGAAGGGCCGGUUCCAGAUAAUCAACGUCUGGCGACCGGUCAAGACCAUCAAGAAGGACCCCCUCGCGGUUGCGGAUGCGCUCUCCGUGCCGGAUACUGACCUCAUCCCGAUCAAGCUGAUCUAUCCGGAGCGGGUGGGGGAAACAUACUCGGUGAAGCAGAGUCCAACCGCUAAGUGGUAUUAUCGCUAUGGGCAGACCCCUGAUCUUGUCACGUUAAUCAAGUGCUUCGAUUCGAAGACGGACGGGCGCUCACGCCGGGCACCCCAUUCGGCCUUUGUCAAUCCCGAGACAGAGGGCGAGAAUCCACGUGAGAGUAUUGAGGUGAGGGCGAUUGUAUUUCAUCCAGAGGAUCGGGAUUAA